AUGGCCAAGAAAUUCGAUAUGAGCAUGAUGGGUAAACUAACUUUCAUUUUGGGCUGGCAAGUCAAACAAAUAACUAAUGGUAUUUUUGUUUGUCAAAAUAAAUCCAUUGCAAAUAUGCUGAAAAAGUAUGGUUUCUCUGAUUGUGAACCGGUAAAAACUCCAAUGUCCUCAUCAACGUCUAUUGGCACUGAUCCUAGCGGCAUAGAUGUGAAUGCAACUUUGUUUCAAGGAACAAUAGGCUCUAUAAUCUAUCUUAUAGUUAGUCGCCCUUACAUUAUGUUCGCCACCAUAUUGUGUGCUCGCUAUCAAGCAAGUCCUAAGGAAUCUCAUCUUCACAAUGUCAAAAGGAUUUUCCAGUACUUAAAACAUACACCCAAUCUUAGGUUAUGGUAUCCCCGUGACUCUGAUUUCAAUAUGGUUGGAUAUACUGAAUCUGAUCAUGGUGGGUGUGGCAUUGAUCGUAAAAGAACUUUAGGAGGAGCUCAAAUGCUUGGAAAUAGAUUGAUUGGUAAGUUGGUCCAAAAAAAAAAGCAUACAUCAAUGUCUUGUUCUACCGCUGAGGUUGAAUAUGUUGCUGCUAGAAGAUGA